CAAACUUAUAUCCAUUUUUAAUUAUUGCCAAUGUUGGUUCAGUAGAUACAGGUACAAUCGAUGAUAUCUAAGGUUUAUCACUAUUGGCAAAAAAGUAUCAGUUAUGGUUGCAUGCUGAUGGUGCAUAUGGUGCGUGUUUUGCUUUGGUUGAGACAGUCCCCAAAUCUCUAAAGUCUCUCAAUUUAUGUGAUUCAAUCACUGCAGAUUUGCACAAAUCGUUUUUUCUACCGUACGGUACGGGAUUUUUAGCAGUGAAACGAAAAGAAGAUCUAUCGAAAACAUUUUGUAACGAAUAUGCUGCUUACUCCUGUCAUAUUGAUGAUUCAGAUGUUAAUUUUGCUGAAUUGUCAUUGGAACAAACGCGUGAAAUGAGAGGAUUGAGAGUUUGGUUACCCUUAAAAUUACUUCGUUCGAACACAUUUGCAUCGUGUUUGAAAGAAAAAUUAGAUUUAAUACAAUAUUUACAUGGUGAACUAGAACAAAUUCCAGGUAUUGUUAUCAUUAGCAAACCUGUCUUGUCCAUUCUUACAUUCAGACAUAUUCCGAUAAUAUUGAGACAUUUAUUUGAAAAAGAACAGCGAGUUAUUCAGAAUGCAAAUGUUGAAUCUCAAUUAUUAGCACAUAAUACACAGUUACUAUCAUCUAUCAAUAGUCGUGGUCGAGUUUUAUUGCACUCAACAAAAUUAUAUUUGAAUCAUGAUGAUCAAGAGGCAGUUAUGGUUAUUCGAAUUAUUGUACUCAGUUAUUUGACUCAUCGAACACAAGUGGAUCAAUGUAUCAAUGAUAUAAGAGCUAGUUGUAUGGAAAUGGACACACAGACGGCUUCACACAUGUGA